AUGAAACUUCAGAUACACAUGCAUCUUCCAUGGAGAGACUUCAUCGGGCUUGCAAAGGCGACGGCUCCUUUGCGAGAGGCCGGCUUCGAACUGUCGGUUACGUUCAACGAGGAGGAGUGGUCGGACAUACCUUCGCAGUAUCGAGACUUCCACAAGGCACUGGCAACCAAAGCUAUCACUGGAGUUCAGCUGGACGCCGCCAAUCUUCGUUUCCAGCAGGACAUGCCAGAGUAUAUCGCGGAUCAGUUGACAGCUCACGGUACCCGUGGAUUUCGUCCCAACAAAAGGCGCUGGCAUUCUUCUCUUGCUAAUAUAAUCUAA